AUGGCAUCAGAAGAGGAGUCGGUGUCGCUACCCACGCGCCAGAGACGGAAUAAACAGCAACUCACCAAGGGCAUGGAGCAUAUGCGAGGAUACGUGACCAUCGACACGCCACAAGCCGCUGGAGAAGAUGCGUACGGAGUGCCAGCAACAUAUGAACCUAUACGAAAAGCAGCCACCGACUCGCAAGACAACCCGCAGAAACGGAGCGACCCCUUCCAAUUCGGCACACGAUAUCUCGAAGAAGGCGACGACAUCUUCGCGCACAACGCCUGGGACCAUGUGGAAGUCGACCCGCAGUACAGCGAAUUCAUCGAGCAGCAGACCAUCUUCCAACGCGAGAACCAAGUCUCAGACUUCGACAAGAAGCGCUUCAGCGACAAGCCUGAGAAGUGGUGGGAUCGGUUCUACGGCAACAAUCAAGCCAAUUUCUUCAAAGACCGCAAGUGGCUGGUUCAGGAAUUCCCGAUUCUGGGCGAAGUCACGCGCGACGACUAUGGACCUGUGAAAGUGCUCGAGGUGGGAGCAGGGGCGGGAAAUACUGCGUUUCCUAUACUGGCGAUGAAUCAGAAUCCUCACCUCAAGCUGCAUGCUUGCGAUUAUAGCAAAAAGGCCAUCGACAUCAUUCGUGAACAGCCGACUUAUCAGAACCAGACAUCUUCAACACUCCAGGCAGACGUAUGGGAUGUGGCUGGAUCUGAACUGCCACCAGGAGUAGAGGCUGGCUCUGUCGACGUCGUGCUCAUGAUCUUCAUCUUCUCUGCGCUGUCACCAGAUCAGUGGCCGACAGCCGUGAGCAACCUCUUCAAGCUCCUCAAACCGGGCGGGGAGAUUCUCUUCCGAGACUACGGCCGCGGCGAUCUGGCUCAAGUGCGGUUCAAGAAGGGAAGGUACCUCGACGAAAACUUCUACGUCCGCGGCGACGGCACGAGAGUCUACUUCUUCGAGGAAGACGAGCUGCGCGACAUCUGGGGUGGCCGGUCGCCGUCUGACGGCACAGUAGUCGUGACUGAGGAUGAACAUGGAACAGCUUCCCAUGACAGCUUCGACAUCGUCAAUCUCGCUGUCGAUCGACGCAUGCUGGUCAAUCGCCAGCGGAAGCUCAAGAUGUACCGCUGUUGGAUGCAAGGCCGAUUCAGGAAACCGCAAACGGACAGAACACAACCAGCACAAGUCCCAUGA